AUGUUGAAGAGCAAGUUUGACACCCUUCGGAUGAAGGAGACCGAGACGAUUGAUGAGUUUCCUGGCAAACUCAGCUCCAUGAGCAGCAAGUUAUCCACUCUUGGUGCCACGCUUAAAGAUUCCUCUUUGGUAAAGAAGUUGCUUGAUUCUAUCCCUAAUAAGUUCUUCCCUAUUGUUGUCGGUAUUGAACAGUUUCACGAUCUUGAGACAAUACCAUUUGAGGAGACUAUUGGGCGACAGAAGGCGUAUGAGGAACGAACACUACAAUUACGCGGCAACACCAACGGCAUUGAAGGUGAGCUCCUACUUACUCAUGCCAAAUGGCAAAUGCGACAGAAGGGGAGCAACGUGGACACUUCGUCAGGAGGCAAGGGGAGUGGGUCCAGCAGCCCUAGUCGUGGAAAAUGGCGUGGGCGUGGGCGGGGGUGCAAUCGUGGUCGUGGUACGCCGAGCCAAGACAGUGCAGGAGGCACUAGCAGCAACGGCAGAGGCACUCGUGACAAGAGUUGUAUAAAGUGUUUCAAUUGUGAGAAAAUGGGACAUUAUGCAUCCGAAUGCUACAACAAGCAUCGUGAUGAUGAGGCUCACCUCACUUGUGCCACCGAUGAAGAGCCAGCACUGAUGAUGACCGUGUCCCACGAGGAGUCUGACACUAGGCGUGAGUAG